AAAUGAAUCUUCCUGUUUGGUGCCGCCACCGCCUGGUACUGUGAGCGCAGCGGAGGCCCAGGCAGAGCGUGAGUGCAGCCCACCCAGCCGGCUGAUGUAGGGGCUGUCUUGGCCCACGCCCUUGUGCUCUUCCUCCUCCUCUGGCGGCCCUCAGCUGUCACUGCCCCGCUUCUGCCCCUGGUGACGCCCCUCCCACCUGCCCAUGCCUAGCCCAGCAGGCUGUGAGCAGCAAGGCUCUAUGCCAAAGUGAACAACCUGAGGAGCCAUGAGUACUAGGAUUAUGAGGCUCGCAUCCAAGCUGGGAUAAUCAAGGUGAUUACCAAUUGGUUCAAAAACUUGGUCAGGGAAAGUAUAGCGAAGUAUUUGAGGCUAUUAAUAACAUCACCAACAGUGAGAGAGUGGUUGUAAAAAUUCUGAAGCCAUUGAGGAAAAAGAAGAUAAAACGAAAGUUAAGAUUCUGGAGAACCUUUGUGGUGGAACAAAUAUCAUUAAGUUGAUGGACACUGUAAAGGAUCCUGUGUCAAAGAUACCAGCUUUGAUUUUUGAAUAUAUCAACAAUACAGAUUUUAAGCCACUCUACCAGAUCCCCACAGACUUUGAUACCAGAUUUUAUACGUAUGAACUAUUUAACGCUCUGGAUUACUGCUGCAGCAAGGGAAUCAUGUCCAGGGAUGUGAAACCUCACAGUAUCAUGAUGUAUCACCAACAGAAGAAGCUACGACCGGUAGACUGGAGCCUGGCAGAGUUCUAUCGUCCUGCUCAAGAGUGUAAUAUUUGUAUAGCCUCGAGGUAUUUCAAGGGACCAGAGCUCCUUGUGGACUAUCUGACAUACAGUUAUAGCCUGGACGUGAGGAGUUUGGGCUGCAUGCUGGUGAGCAUGUCUUCCAUGGGCAGGACAGCUAUGACCAGCUUGUUUGGAUUGCAGAAGUUCUGGGUAUGGGUGAAGAAGUACCACAUAGACUUAGAUCUACACUUCAGUCAUAUCCUGGGAGAACGUUCGCAGAAACGCUGGGAGAACUUUAUCCAUGAUGAAAACAGACACUUUGUCAGUCCAGAGGCCGUAGAUCUUCUGGACAAACUCCUGCGAUAAGACCAUCAGCAGCCGACCACUAAGUAGGCCAUGGAGCACGCGUACUUCUACUCUGUGGUGCAGGAGCAGUCCCAGCCUUGUGCAGAUGAUACUGUGCUCUCCAGUGGUCUCAUGGCAGCAUGAUGAAGAUGGGAAAGCAAUGGGUAAUUUGCAUUGAUGCUUGCCAAUAAAAUCAACCAACCAAACACAAAUCUUGAAAGAAAACUAUAGUGUGGUAAAAAGAAAUUCCAAUCAUUCCUUCUAUAAAGAAGAGUAAAGACCUAAAAGCCUGUCAAAAAGAA